CCACAGGACCUCUGCAAGAGCCUGGGCCACCUGCGCUGCCGUGGGGACACGCCGCUUGAGCCCAGGGGCUCACACGACCUCGCCGCGGAGAGAGCAGGCACGAAGAGCGCCGGCGCCAAGGCAGCCUAGCUCGGUGUAACCGAGCCCAGCAGCGGGAAGGCGGUGGCCGGCCGCGGGCGGGUCCCGGGGCGGGCCGGCUCCUAACGGGGCUCGGCGGGGAGUGCCGCUCAGCAGCCUUUCCGUGCGGAGAGAUGGCGACCUGCGUGCCGCUGAACACCGGAGCCAAAAUGCCUCUCGUGGGGCUGGGCACAUGGAAGUCCUCAGCUGGGCAAGUAAGAGCUGCAGUGAUGGCUGCCAUUGAUGCUGGGUACCGCCACUUUGACUGUGCCUAUGUGUACCAGAAUGAGGAUGAAAUUGGAGAAGGAAUCCAGCAGAAAAUUAAGGAGGGUGUUGUGAAACGACAAGACCUCUUCAUUGUCAGUAAGCUCUGGUGCACAUUUCAUGAAAAGCCUCUGGUGAAGGAAGGCUGUCAGAAGACUCUUGCUGCUCUGAAACUGAAUUACUUGGAUCUCUACCUCAUGCACUGGCCUAUUGGGUUCAAGGCAGGAGAGGAGCUGUUCCCCACCGACGACAAAGGAAUGGCAAUACCCAGCAGCACAGAUCUUCUACAGACGUGGGAGGCCAUGGAAGAACUGGUGGAUGCUGGUCUGGUGAAAGCCAUUGGCAUCUCCAACUUUAACCAUGAGCAGAUUGAAAGAAUCCUGAACAAGCCAGGACUGAAGCACAAGCCUGCAAAUAACCAGAUUGAAUGUAAUCCAUACCUUACCCAGGAGAAGCUGAUCAAGUACUGUCAGUCCAAAGGGAUUGCUGUGACAGCCUACAGUCCGCUUGGCUCUCCUGACAGGCCAUGGGCUAAACCAGAGGAUCCCUCCCUUCUGGAUGACCCCAAGAUCAAAGAGAUUGCAAGCAAGCACAACAAAACCCCUGCACAAGUUCUGCUUCGCUUCCAGAUCCAGAGAAAUGUGAUUGUGAUUCCCAAGUCUGUCACACCACAGCGCAUCGUGGAGAACUUCAAGGUGUUUGACUUCAAACUGACUGAAGAGGAGAUGGCAACUAUUUUCAGCUUUAAUAGAAACUGGAGAGUCUAUACAAUGAAAACGUGCAAAACUCACAAGGAGUACCCUUUCAAUGCAGACUACUGAAGACAGUCAUAUUGUGCCCUCAUCAUCUAGGGCUAGCUCUGAUGGUCUUCUUAUCAGUUUAUCUAUCUCACUGUAUCUCUCCUUCUGCAGCCACAAGGUGAAGUCACAAGAUGUGUAUUCAGCAACUAGUUUUUUCUUCUUGUUUCUUUUCUAAAAGAAGGCUACAGUAAAAUUAUUCUAAAGAAUAAAA